CCCUAUCUCUGUACCUCUUUAUGCAGAGUCUUCCGCAUCUGUAUAUUAACCAAAAUUCGGCAACUCACAACCUGCACACCAUACCAAAAUCCACCCACAUCUGCCGACCAAGCCCUCCUCACACAGGAUGCUGGCUCGGCUCCAGUCCCCAGGCCAGGGGCUCGUCCCCCUCGUCCUGUCUCUCCAGUGCGGGUGCGGGGAAGGUUAGCGGACCCCAUGGGCCAUGGAACCCCAGCUGGCUGCCAACAGGCCAUCAAAACAUGAACACUGAUUGGUGAUCAUGCCAACCGCGUCGCUUCCAAAGUCAAAAAGGCGCGUCGCACUGGACCGUUGGGGGAUUGUGGUGGUGCAUCCAGCUUGGUCCAUGGGUUAUUGGCGGGGUAGCUUUGGCGGGAGGGAUGGCAUUGCACGGGGCAGGGCUUCGGGGAGUGAGUUGGCGGCGUGGUGUGUGGUAUUUAUUUAUGUCCUGCGACUUCUCUACUUCUUCCUGUUGUCUGGACGUCUUAUGUGAAUGCGAAUGUGUAGAUCUCCCGGUGCUGUCAUAUCUUCACGACGGAAUUGUUGUUCUGAUUUCAUUUCAUCUCUUUGCCAUUGAAACAAUCUGUCCUUAUAUAAUCUAGUUUUGGUACCAAGAUCUGGUCAAGAUGGGACUCGGAGUCCUUGAAGACAACAAACUCACACACGUCCCCGGGACGGUAUUGCUGAACGAUCAAGCCGCCGAUGUAGAGAACAUCACUUCGACGCUGAAACAUGGCACCGGCAGGGACGCCCAUAUCGUGCUCUCCCCGCAGCCCAGCGAGGAUCCCAACGAUCCCCUAAACUGGCCAAUGUGGAAGAAAGAAAUGAUUGUUGCGAUUCUAUGUCUCGGAGCUAUGCUCAAUGCUGGAACAAAUGUAUGCUCAAUUUUUACCCCAUCAUUACAAUGUCUUACAGCUUCACUUCAGGGACCUUUUCUCAAUGCUUCGUACUUUGUGAUAUCCCAACAAGUUAAUAAGCCUCUUACUACGGUCGUACUUGUCUCUGGUUACAAUCUCCUUGCUGCUGGUGCGUCUGGGCCGAUUAUCUGCGCUGUGAGCCGGAAAUAUGGAAAGAGACCUGCGUAUCUUGCCUCGACACUCUUUUGUAUCAUCGGGACGGCAAUUGGUCAAGCGAAGAUCAGCUAUAACUACCUUCUCGCAGCACGAAUUAUCCAAGGCUUCUCAACUUCCGCAUUCGAGUCCCUGAUCGUCGCCUCCGUCGGCGACAUGUACUUCGUCCACCAGCGCGGUCUCCGCAUCGGCUUCAUCAACUUCAUCCUCAACGCCGCCUCCUCCCUCGCCUCCAUCAUCUGCGGCGUCGUCUUCGCCGAUCUCGGCUGGCUCUGGCUCUUCCACAUGUUCCAGAUCUUCCUCGUCGUCCAAUUCGUCCUCAUGUUCCUCUUCUGCCCAGAAACUGCCUACCUCCGCGACACCCGCUACGAAACUGACACGGCUAUGGAUGAGAAUCUCGGCGAACUCGCGAAAUAUGAGAAGGAGCAUCAUGAGACGGUGGCUGGUGUGGAGGCGGCGAAUGUUCCGAAGAAGAAGACUUUUGUGCAGGAGUUGGCGGUUUAUACGGGGAAGUAUUCGGAGGAUAAUAUUUUGAAGUAUUUGGCUGGACCGUUUAUUACGCUGUUGAACCCAGCGGCUUGCUACGCGAUCAUCACUUCUGGACUUUUGAAUAGCUGGUAUGUUGGGUCUGCUAUUAUCCUGGCAGGUGUCUUCUCUGGCCCGCCGUGGAAUUUCGGGCCUGCUCAGAUUGGAUAUCUUGGUGCUGGGCCGUUUGUUGGUGGUAUGAUUGGGUCGAUCUUUGUUGGUUGUGCAAGCGAUCCUAUUAUUAAGUAUAUGGGAAAGAGGAACAAGGGAGUCUAUGAGCCUGAGUUCCGUCUCGUUCUGAUGAGUUUGGCAUGCGUAUUCUGCGGCCUUGGAAUGUUCCUCUUUGGAUAUACCAUGGCAAUCGGUGCAAAUGCCAUCUUGUGCGCCUUCUUGCAAGGUGUGAUGAUGGUGGGUGUAUUGAUCGGUAUCUUUGCCACGCUCGCAUAUGGUCUUGACGCCUUCCGAAAUCAAAGCAACGAGAUAUUCAUCAUGAAUAUGCUAUUCAAGAAUUUCAUGUUCUACGGCCUUUCAUCUUUCGCAAAUGACUGGGUUGCUGCAAAAGGUCCUGAAGAGAUCAUGUUUGUCUUCGGAGGCACAUCGAUUGCAUUGUCAUUGCUAGCUAUUCCGGUAUAUAUCUUUGGCAAGCGUAUGAGGAGCUGGUGGGCGAGACAUGAUUUGUUUGUUAAGUUUAAGAUGGAGACUAAAGGUCCUAAGUUGGAGAUGGCAUGAGGAAGAGGGAGAUGAUUGUAUGUUGGCUGUAAUAUUUGGAGGGAGAUGUAGAUUCGGAGAUAUCCGAGUUAGCAAGCCUUUAAUCUGCUCAUAUCUAACUCGUCGUCCAAAUUGUGCUUUCUGGGAGAAUAAGCGAAGAACAU